AUGCCUCCAUGUCAUGUCUCCAGGCAGGAUUCACCCCUGAGUCAAUCACAGCAAACUCCACCGCCUUCAUCUGCCCCUAGCCAUUACUCCCAUUGUACGGACGGCAUACCGAGUAGUUCGCAGCCUCUCGCACCUCAGCUUUCGGCUUCGCAACCGACCUUACAACCCUCCUCCUCGCAACCUCCACCCCGUCGAGAACCAUACCGUUUCGACUUCGGCAAGCGCGAAGGGAAAACCAUUGCCGAAGUCCCUCCCGACUACAUAGCCUUCCUAAACAGAGAGGGUGUCAUCAAGCAACGCCCUGACCUUGCCGCUGGAGUUGAUGAAUACGAACGCCCUAAUCCACCCGUCGGUACUCUGCGUAAGGGAGAAUACAGGUUCACAUUUGGCAAGCAUGAAGGGAAGACAUUGGCGGAAGUACCCUCUCAAUACAUCUGGUUCUUCAAGAACAGAACCACUAUUCUCAAGGACAAACCUGAGGUGGGAGCUGCUAUUCGGCAGUUUGAGAAGACUCAGAAUCGGAGUCGGCGUAGAGGUCGGGCUCCGAUGUGUGAAUGUUGUGAUUGA